AUGUGUGGCAUUUGUUGUUCUGUAAAGUUUUCUGCUGAGCAUUUCGGUCAAGAUUUAAAAGAGGACUUACUGUAUAAUCUUAAACAGCGGGGACCCAAUAGUAGUAAACAAUUGUUGAAGUCUGAUGUUAACUAUCAGUGUUUAUUUUCUGGUCAUGUUCUCCACUUGAGGGGUGUUUUGACUGUCCAGCCUGUGGAAGAUGAAAGAGGCAAUGUGUUUCUAUGGAAUGGAGAAGUUUUUAGUGGAAUAAAGGUUGAAGCUGAAGAGAAUGACACUCAAAUUAUAUUUAAUUAUCUUACCUCCUGUAAGAAUGAAUCUGAGAUUUUGUCACUCUUCUCAGAAGUGCAAGGUCCCUGGUCAUUUAUAUAUUAUCAAGCAUCUAGUCAUUAUUUAUGGUUUGGUAGGGAUUUUUUUGGUCGCUGUAGCUUGCUUUGGCAUUUUAGUAAUUUGGACAAGAGUUUCUGCCUCUCUUCAGUUGGCACCCAAAUAUCUGGAGAAACAAAUCAGUGGCAAGAAGUUCCAGCAUCUGGACUUUUCAGAAUUGAUCUGAAGUCUGCUGCCAUAUCCAGAUGCAUUAUUUUACAACUGUAUCCUUGGAAAUAUAUUUCUAGUAGGGAGAAUAUUAUUGAAGGAAAUGUUAAUAGCCUGAGUCAAAUUUCAGCAGACUUACCAGCAUUUGUAUCAGUGGUAGCAAAUGAAGCCAAACUAUAUCUUGAAAAACCGGUUGUUCCUUUAAAUAUGAUGUUGCCAAAAGCUGAAUUGAAUACUCACUGCAGUAAUAUUUCCAAUGUGCCACUUACGAGAGAGACACUUCAAGUCUUUCUUACCAAUGUACACAUGAAGGAAAUAAUUCAGCAGUUCAUUGAUGUCCUGAGUAUCGCAGUCAAGAAACGUGUCUUGUGUUUACCUAGGGAUGAAAACCUGACAGCUGAUGAAGUUUUGAAAACAUGUGAUAGGAAAGCAAAUGUUGCAAUUCUGUUUUCUGGGGGCAUUGAUUCCAUGGUUAUCGCAACCCUUGCUGACCGUCACAUUCCUUUAGAUGAACCAAUUGAUCUUCUUAAUGUAGCUUUCAUAGCUGAAGAAAAGACCAUGUCAACUAGCUUUAACAAAGAAAGGAAUAAACAGAGAAAUAAAUGGGAAGUACCUUCUGAAGAAUCCUCUAAAGAUGUUGCUGCUGCUGCCUAUGGCAGUCCUGAUAAACAUGUCAAUGUGCCAGAUCGAAUCACAGGAAGAGCAGGACUAAAGGAACUACAAGCUGUUAGCCCUUCCCGAAUUUGGAAUUUUGUUGAAGUUAAUGUUUCCAUGGAAGAACUGCAGAAAUUAAGAAGAACUCGGAUAUGUCACUUAAUUUGGCCAUUGGAUACAGUUUUGGAUGAUAGUAUUGGCUGUGCUGUCUGGUUUGCUUCUAGAGGAAUUGGUCAGUUAGUGGCCCAGGAUGGAGUGAAAUCGUAUCAGAGCAAUGCAAGAAAUCUUGGUCGUGAUGACAGAGUUAUUGGUGAUCAUGGAAAAGAAGCAAGAUAUCCUUUCCUGGAUGAAAAUGUCGUCUCCUUUCUAAAUUCUCUACCAGUUUGGGAAAAAGCAAACUUGACUUUACCCCGAGGAAUUGGUGAAAAACUAAUUUUACGCCUUGCAGCUGUGGAACUUGGUCUUACAGCCUCAGCUCUUCUGCCCAAACGGGCCAUGCAGUUUGGAUCAAGAGUUGCAAAAAUGGAAAAAAAUAAUGAAAAGGCAUCUGAUAAAUGUGAACGGCUCCAAAUAAUUUCCUUAGAAAAUCUUUCUACUGAAAAGGAGACUAAAUUGUAAUGUGAUUCACAAUGUAACUAUGUUUAUAUAAAAGUAAAAAUACUCUGCUGCUUUA